AGCACGUGACUUAAGGACACACAAUGUCACAACUUGGGCUGGAACGAAUCGAGUAAAGUCAAUUUUUGUACGAUUUCAACAUGAAAUUUCGCUUUUGUGGAGAUCUAGAUUGUCCCGAUUGGGUGUUGGCUGAAAUAAGCAUACUUUCGAGAAUUAGUAGUGUUAAAAUGAAGCUUUUAUCCUUGCAAGUUGUAAAGAGUUUAUGUGGGGAAGCUAUUGAUUAUGCCAAGGUUCAAAAAUUCACUUCGGAUGCAAAAUUUGAACAUUCUGACGUGAAAGCAUCGAUUGCAGCUUUAUCAUUUAUCCUUUCAAGUGCAGCGAGGUACAGUGUUGAUGGAGACUCGCUUUCAAAUGAGCUACAACAACUUGGCUUACCUAGAGAACAUUCUAUUUCAUUGCAUAAAGUUUACGAAGACAAUUUGACCAAAUUACAAGAUCAUCUGCGGAACACAAGUUUCCGUCUGGACAAGCUCAAAGACUUAGAAUGGAGAGUUGAUUAUGUGUUGGGAUCGAGUCAGAUGAAAGAUCUCAAAGAACCCGAAAUCAAUUUACGCUUUGUGACAGUCAAUUCAGACAGUUCUUCUGAACAGCCAGUGUCUAUGACAAUGACUUCUGACAAGUUUACUGUGCUUUUGCACGAGCUGAAACAGGCUUAUAAAACAAUGGAAGGACUUUCUUAGUUCACUAAUUCAGAUUCAACUU